GAUCGUAUCAAAGCCGGGUGAAGUCGAAAAAAAAUUAGAUCCUGGGGGCUAACUUUUCAGAGAGCUGUGUCGGUGUAUGAUUUGGCAGCUCUCAUCUGUUACCGCUUCCAUUAGUGUAUCCUGAACACAAUAGAACGCUGAAAUUCUUGUGACCUAGUUCUGCAUCUAAGUUAUAUGUUUGUAUACUCGCGUUGAUCUUAACGAAAAGUACUCAGUCCUGGUAAGUCUAGCAGUCUUGCUUAUGAUAUAAGUACCAAAAUAUCACUAGUGACACGCGGUGACUUUUGAGUGAUUCAGGUUGUAUUCAAGGAUGUUCUUAGAAGGCAAGUACAACACCAAAAGUCCAGCUGUCAAGCGGCUUAUGCGUGAGGCAAAAGAACUGCAUAAACCAACUGAAGAGUACUAUUCUUACCCUCUGGAAGAAAAUCUCUUUGAAUGGCACUUUACUGUCCAGGGUCCAAUGUCCACAGAGUUCGAGGGAGGUGUAUAUCAUGGUCGUAUCAUCCUUCCUCCAGAGUACCCCAUGAAGCCACCUAAUAUUAUUUUAUUGACUCCAAAUGGACGAUUUGAGAUAAAUAAAAAAAUUUGUUUAAGUAUAUCUGGUCAUCAUCCUGAAACAUGGCAACCAUCCUGGAGCAUCAGAACAGCAUUGCUUGCACUUAUAGCCUUUAUGCCAACUCCUGGAAAUGGAACCAUAGGUUCUCUGGACUACACCCCCGAAGAAAGACAAAAGCUCGCUAAAAAGUCGUUGAACUGGCAUUGUGACAGUUGUGGAAAAAUAUCAGAUCUGCUGUCCAAAGAAAAAAUUAGACAACCUAUCACAAAAGAAGAACAACAUUUAGUGGAUACGAUUUCUUUAAAGGCUGAAGACUCCGUGACACACAACAUUUACUCCAUGAAUACUGAUGUACUUGAAGAGAAUACAUUACGGCAUCGUAACAGUAGUGAAUCUUCAAGACUAGAACAAUUAGAAACGUCUGAUACACUACAAGUAGAAGUUGUGUCUUCUAAUGAUCAUCUUUGGAAUAUUUUAAUUACUACCUUAAUGUUAGCUAUCAUUCUUCUUGUUAUAAGACGACUAUUUCUACUUUGAGAAAUGUAUUUAUAGUGGCAUGAAAAUAAGCUUUAUAAGAUUCAAGUUAUUAAAUAAUACUUCUAAUAUGAAAAACUAUAAACAUAACUUGUCAAAACU